CGCGCCUGCAUUUGUCGGAUUGUGCUUGGGGAAAAAAGCGUAAUAUUGUUCCAAUGAUCGAGAAUCAAUAACAUUCAAAGCAUCUACAUACAACAUCUGUUAAAUUGAAUCAAUUCUCUAAGUACACCAAGAUAUAUUCAUAAACUUUCUGGAAGAUGGGGCAGCUUUGCACAGCAGGAGACUGAUGAGGAGACAACUCAACACAUCUAAUGGAAUAGAGCAGUCUCAGCUCUCUGACAAACAGCAGUCAUGGAAACCAAGGAAAAUGGUUCAGUGGACACCAAAAGUUCUGUGGAGAACGGGCAGCUUUCUGAUCCAGCCCACUGGGCCGUAGCGGAUGUGGUCAAUUAUUUUAAAGCUACAGGAUUUGAAGAGCAAGCUAACGCUUUCCAGGAUCAGGAAAUCGAUGGCAAAUCCCUUUUAUUAAUGACUCGAAAUGACGUUCUGACCGGACUGUCAAUAAAACUGGGUCCUGCACUGAAGAUCUAUGAGUAUCACGUCAAGCCUCUCCAAACCCAGCACUUAAAAAGUAACGUCUCAUAGCUGCUGCAGCCACAAGGAUGCAUGGAAGACAAUCACAGCAGGUGCGCAGGGUAACUGCAGGCAGAACUAAUUCAUUUUAUACAUCUUAAUAAAUAAACAUGGUGAAUGUAUUGCUUUUAAGGUCUCAUUCUGCUGUACAGGCAUAUUUACUGUUUUUUGUUUACCUGCGUUUAACUUGUUCAUUCAGAUUUUACCUUCACUUUGUGUACUUGUACAUAAAUCAUUAUUGCUUUUAAGAUUAAAUGCUUGGUUUAAUAAUGUGAUCUGUGAUGUAAAAUGAAAAAUGACUUGAACUAAAAUUGAAACACUGUUCUUGAAGAUGUUUCUGUUACGCAUGAAGUACAUUUGAACAGAAGUGAAAGGGAGGUUGCUGCCACCGUUUUGAUUUUUAUUGGUUGGUGGGUUUUUUUCUGUUUUUUAAUAGAUAAAAAAUUUGUUGAGAUAAAGUAACAGCACAAAUGAUCAAAUGUCUGAAAAUGAUGUAUUUGCUGUAGGGAUGCACGAUAUUGGAUCUUUGCCGAUAUUUUUCAACUCAUUUUGGCCGAUAGCCAAU